AUGGAAUUAAGAGCAUUAGUUGGAUUACCAAUCAAUAACAACUUGGCAAAUUUCUAGAACUCUUCAAUAAGUAAAUAAUUGCAAAUAGACUAGUCAAAGAAAUCUUAAACCCCUGACAAUUAAAACUAGCCGGUGUAAUAUCAAAUAAUCAGUACUUUAUUCAAUCAUAACAACUGCUUUUUACCCAACUUUAAGACACCCAAGAAAGUUAGAAGAGAUUUUCUUAAGGCUUUAAAUUAAUCUCCAACACAGAUUUAGCAGAGACAGUUGACAGCUAAAACUGUGAAUGAUAAAAAUAAUCUUUUUAAUAACUUUCAACAGAGGUAAUCUAUCAAGAAGAUGCAAAUGAGAAGGAUAAUUGAGUAAUAUAAGAGCGAGACGAGAGAAAACUAAAGAAGACAGCUCAUCAGUGAUAACUUGAAUAAGACUAUGAACACAGAUGAUUAAAAAAAUCUUGAGAAAACACAUGACUUGAUUGGGUAAGCUGGAAUGAGCAGGAGUUUUGUGGUUGGAAAUUCCAUUCUUUAAGAUUCUAUGAAUAGUAAGAGCAAGCAAUCUUUUUAUUACUACAUGACGCAAGGAAUAAGUUCCUAAAAUGAUAAACUAAACAAAGCUGAAUUUCACCAAAACUUCAUUAAUAUUAAUAACUAACUCAAUAAUUCUGGAUAAAUCAAGAUUCAUAGUAAAUAAAAUCCAAAUAGAAGUUAUCACAGAUAAUAGAGCAAGCCUCCCUCUACCUAAAAUGAAAGAUCUAUUGAAAGUAACAGAGUCAAUGAAGGUAAAUCUUACUCAAAACUUAGAAAAGAUUUGAGAAGUAAUGGAGGUUAAAGUAAUAGAGAAUAGAUGCUUCAAGAUAAAAAUUUAAAAAUUAAAACUGAAACAGACAAAGAGCAAAGGGAGACUCAAAGUCAUAGAUUUCACGAAAGAGUAAAGCCAAGAUUCAAUUACAACUCAAAUAAUGCGGAUGCUAAUGAUCAUCAACGUAGCCAUGAGGAGAAGUAGUCUUCCGAUACUCAACUUUCGGCAAGAAAUCUUCAGCAGUAUCAUGAUUUAUUAAGGCCUCGUGGCAUUGAUAUGUUUUCAUCUUAAUUAUUAAAAUCAGAAAAAGAUUCAAGGGAUGAAGUUGCAGCCUUAAAAGAAAUUAUAAAGAAAAGCAACUAAAGGUCGAUGGCGUCAACAAGAAUGGGUCAAAAUGAUAAUGCUACUCUAAUCAAUGAAAUAAUGGUUGGAGAAGCAAUCUAUAAAGAUGAAACCUUCCUAAAUGACUAACCUAUCCAGGAACUUGAAAUGGAAUAUAUAUUGAGUCCUGACCACAAUCAUGCAAAAUAAUACGAUUUAUCUAAAUUGACAUCAUUAUAGCAAACUCCUCCUGAAUGGGAUAGUGUUUACUUAGAACAAAGACAGCAUAUUUUCUCAUAGCAGAAAGAUCAUAGAUAGUAAAAUGGACUCAAUAAUUUAUUACUGAAAAUGGACACCAAAAAUACAAGUAUCUAAAAGUAAAUUACCUAGUAAUCUAGAAAAAUGAUUGUAUACCAAAGAGAUUCUAAAAAUAACUCCCAGUAGACAUCAAUUUAACAGCUUAUGAUGAAAUAGUAAUCCCAAGAAAUUAAAAAUUCACUGUUAAAGUAAUCUUAUGAUGAGGAGGAUUGCAGAGAUAUUGGUACAAGUCCGAUCGAUAUUAAUGAAGAUUCUAUUUAUCAGGAAGAAUCUGAAUUAAAUAUCGGAAAUAACAAAGAAGUUAUAUUUUAAAACAUAGCUCAUUUCUCAUUUAACGGUAAAAAUUUCGGCUAGAUUGGAUAAAACUAGCAAUCAAAUGUGGAACAAAAUUACAUAACCAAUUAAAAUGUUAAUGAAAGUAAAUUUAAAAUAAGAAAAACAAAGACUCCUGGUAACAAAUCACUAUAUGAUUAUCUCAACUAAGGUAGGAGAAUAAUUAUAAAGAAUCAUAGUGGGGGGAAAUAUAUAAUAUCUCCAAAUAAAGGUUACCUCUAAGAUUCAAAAAUGGAAUUAAGAGGCCAUUACAUAAUUCCUCUAGACUAAAAAUUAAAGCAAGAGAUAAUGAAGAUAUGUGGAGGACAGAGUGCAAAUAGUAGGGAUGUUAAGAAAUAGCAUAUAAUUGGGCAAUUUAGUAGCUCUGCGAAUGAUUACAAAAGUUUGAGCGGAAACUUAAAUCAAGAUAAAGGUGAACCUACAAUCAUGAGCUCAGAUGGUCCGAAAUAAUAGCAAAUGCCGAUAUAUGAUUUUACACCUAAGGCCAAGAAAUAAAUUAUUGAUAAAAAAGCUGAAUAAGUCAAAAGUCUGCUAUAGGCCUCAAAUUUAGUUUAGAGCAGAGUUUCAAAUAUAACAUCUAGCGAAUUCGAAAACAGUAAAAUGAUUAACUACACAAACUUAUACUAUGGAAAUCAUAAGUAUUCUGAUUACCAAGAGAGUAGAUUUGAGAAGGUAGGAAGACCAUAAAAAAUAAAUUCCGAAGACUUUAGUUUAAAUAACAAGCUUAAUAAUGUCAUAACUAACAAUAAUCAUACUCUGCCAAGUCAAAAAUAAAGAAAUGUCAGAUAAGUACAAUCACCAGACUUUGAAGCUAAUAAAAUUCAAUCAAAAUCUUCAUUGAGUAAUUAAUAUUCGGGGAUUGCUGGUGAUACCAAUCAUAAGAAACAAUUAAAUAGUUCUUAGAUGUAACGAAAGUGCAGCUCGAAAAGACAUUCAUUUGACCUAAGUAAUUUCUCGAAAGGAGAUAACAUAGCAGAGUUAAGCUUUUAUAAUAGAAUGAUGAAUCCAAUUGCUGAUAUAUAGAUCUAAAAUAAGUCUCCAAUUAAAAGCCCAAAAAGCCAAGCAAAGCAUCAUUCAGAUAACUUGCAAUUUAAAAUUAGGAAGCAAUCUAAUAUAUCUUAAAACGUAAAUAAAAUUAGGACAGCAGAAUUGCCAGUAAGAAAAGUUGGUGGACUGUUUGCUGAGAUUUCAAGACAGUUUACUGAGGCUGUUUCAAACAGGUAAAAGGUAUUCAACUCAUCAGGCUAGACUAAUAAGUCAUUAUACAGUGUGGGUAAUGUAAAAAUAAUUCAACAUGAAGAAGUCAAGUUAAACAACAUUAGAGAAAUGAUUAAAGAAAAUAUGAACAAAACAACUAUUCAAGAAGAAUCAAUUUAGAAUAACGAGGUACUAAGAGGAUCCCUUACUAGAAUAGGGUUUAAGCCAAAAACACCUAGCGAUGAGAUCUAUAAAAAUUAUUUAUCAGCUGCAACUGAUAAGAAGUAGAUAGUGCUAUCAUCAUUAAAUAAAUCAUAGCAGUAAUGCUUCGCCUAUCCAUUUGUAAUUAGUAAUACGCCUUUGAUAAGACAAAAUAGACCACAAAUAUUAUAAAAUUUAGAUGGGAAUUAUAUCUCUAAAUCCCCAAAUAUGCUAAGUAAAAGAUUCAGUAAAGCUUUUGCUUGA